GGAACGCAUCGGUAGUUUUCAAAGGAGUAGCACGUGUAAAUUGACAACAACAUGGAAACUGAUAUGGGUUCUGAAAGAGUAAAAUCGGCUUUAGAGACGUAUCAUAACAUACCAAGAGGAAAACCAAAGUCAGGGAGACCAUGGAAAACACAAAGAAACGACAGAUUUUCUGCUAUUCGAACCACAAAAACCAAGAAACUCAACUGGGAUGAGAAGAUGAAAAAGAGAGCUGAGCAAAAAUCAAUAAAGAAUUUUGAGAAAGAACUGAAAGAGAAACGGGCAAAAGAACUCGAGAUGAAAAGGAUAAGAAGUGAGGAAAAUAAAAAGCGAAGAUUAGAAAAUGAAAGAAAAUCUGAAGUUGUUCAAACAAUUAAAAACACUGCCAAAAUAAAGAGAAUGAAAAAGAAACAACUACGACAAAUUCAGAAGCGAUGAAGAUUGAAAGAGAAGAUGCAAAAAAUGUUAAAAAGAGACAUGUACAAACUACUGCUGUCCACUGGAUAUUAUGAGCAAAAACGAUUGGUCAUGUGACAGAUCGAUUCAUUUCAUGUCAAAUUUAAGACCCCAUGAAAAAAACACAAUAAUUUAAUUUGGGGGUAGGCAAUGAUCACUUUGAGGUGGUCUUAUGCUUCUUUGCUACAUGUAUGUUUUAUCAACAGCCCAUCUGUUGUCACGGACAGCUUGGUAAUUUUUAUCGUUUGCAAUUGAUGAAAAUUGAAUACAAUUUUCACAUUGUUAUGUAUAUAUUUAUAUCAGUAUAAAUGUGUGUCAUGUUUGGAAUAAAUAUUUCUAUAAGAACAA